GAAAAUCAGAAAAUAACAGAUGCCCUAGUGGCCGCAACAAAUCCAGUCAACGGCGUGGUGUUCUCGAAACAUCUCCUCCCUGCCUCUGCCUAGCUCUUCUCGCUCCGGCUUGUCUCCGCCGCGGCCGGCGCUCGGCCGUCCGCACAGGAAGCACCGCCCUGCGCCGCCCUCCGCUCCCAUUGGUCGGUCGGCCCAAGAUCCUCAUCCGAACUUAAGACAAAAUGGGCUCAAGACUUUUUGCUUUGUUCAUCACUGGCGUUGUCCUUUUGGGCAGUAGAAUCUUGGCCUUGGACCAUACUGGUAUGUGGCCGUUUAACCUCGAUCCUGCAUCCAGUUUUGUCGAAAAGAGAUUAAAUGAGAACACGGUAUCUCUUACAACAAAGGGAAGUCCACAACUAUGCCAACUUUGUGAGCAGUUUGCCACAGAAACCCUCUUCUAUUUGAAGGAGAAUGAGACACGGAUCGAAAUUAUAGAUACUCUUCACCAAGCUUGUUUGAAAUUUCAUUCACUUAAGUUAGAGUGUACAAAGUUGGUUGAUUAUUAUGCAGCACUGUUCUUCGAACAAAUUGAUUCUCUAAGCCCUGAAGAAUUUUGCGUAUCAGCAAGUCUUUGUGAGGAAGUUACAUACAUUCGCCUCCCAGGACAUGAACAUGCUUGCACCCUUUGCCAUGAGGUUGUUGAUGAGAUUCGUGCUGGUCUUGAAGACCCUGAGAUGGAGCUCAAGAUAAUCGAGAUACUUCUGAAAGGAUGCAACAACACAGAGAGUUUCGUACAGAAGUGCAAGAAGAUGAUAAUCCAAAACACACCGGUCAUACUAGAAGAUAUCAAGAAGUUUCUCAAGAAGAGAGAUUUCUGCGACUCUAUCCGUGUCUGUGGAGGCAAGAUUGUUCGCCCUCGAGGAGGCCUAAGAGGCAUGUAUACUGCCUGAGCUUUUCUCUCCUGAACACGCAUGACAAUUGCGUGUCAUUUCAUGAAGAACACGCGUGAGGGCUGGGCUCUCCAACCUCUUGCAGUGAUGUUUACAAGAGAGAUUGGUGGUGUACGUGUACGAAACAAAAGGUCUUCCUGAUUAUUUCCGAGCAGUGUAUAUAUUGUAGUACAGCAUUGGCUGUGUACCUGGAAAGAAGUGAAAUGAAAUUUCCACUGGAAAGCAUGCACGCCCUCCGUGAUAGUUGGUCCUACAUGAUUGUUAUGAAACACGAGCAGAAUGUAUGCUUAAAGUGUACAGUAUGUCUGUAUGUAAACAAAUUAUUAAUUAUGUGCAGUGGACGUUUAUUUAUGAUGAUUCA